AUAGCUUCUUCUUCUUCCCUUUUCUCCCAUUAAGCUCUGUCUAGUCUCUCUAGCUCUACAUGAUAUAUGUUUUUCAUAAUUGCUUUAUCAAAAUGGUUUUCAGGUUUUGAAACAUAGUCUCCGGCGAUGAUGGCUUGGAGAAGAAACAAUGUGCUUCUGCUGCUGUGUUGUCUCUUUUAUGCAGGGUUUGAAGUGAAUGCUUUAUCCUAUGAUUUCUCAGCUACCAUUGAGUGUCUGCAAAACCCUAAGAAACCUCAAUAUGGUGGAGGGAUAAUCAUAAACCCAGACUUGGAUGACGGGUUGAAAGGAUGGGCCACAUUCGGUGAUGCCAAAAUACAACAUAGAGAAUCACAUGGCAAUCACUUCAUUGUUGCCCAUAGUAGAAAUCAAUCCUAUGAUAGUAUCUCUCAGAAGCUUUUCUUGCACAAGGAUAAUUUAUAUUCAUUCUCAGCUUGGAUACAGGUGAGUAAGGGAAAUGUCCCUGUAACAGCAGUCUUCAAAACCAAUACUGGUUUUAUACAUGCUGGUGCCAUAGUUGCUGAGUCCCAUUGUUGGUCCUUCCUCAAAGGUGGCGUAACAGUGAAUGCUUCAGGCUCAGCAGAGCUCUAUUUUGAGAGCAAUGACACAUCGGUUGAGAUCUGGGUCGACAGUAUCUCACUGCAACCCUUUACUGAACAGCAAUGGAGGUCUCAUCAAGAUCAAAGCAUCGAGAAGGCACAUAAGAGGAAUGUGAAAAUCAAAGUUGUUGAUGCAAAAGGAAAUCCUCUACCAAAUGCAACAAUCUCAAUCCAACAAAAGCAAUCUAGUUUCCCAUUUGGUUGCGCUAUAAACAAGAACAUCCUCAACAACAAUGCGUAUAAGAACUGGUUCACUUCGCGGCGAUUCACAGUGACCACGUUCGAGAACGAAAUGAAAUGGUACAGCAAUGAAGCAUAUCAAGGAAAGGAAGACUAUUCAGUCUCUGAUGCAAUGCUUCAAUUCACCAAACAACAUGGGAUUUCUGUCCGAGGCCACAACAUUUUAUGGGAUGAUCCUCAGUACCAACCCUUCUGGGUCAAAUCUCUCUCAGGGCAACAACUUUCUUCCGCUGCUUCAAAGAGGCUAAAUUCCAUUAUGUCCAGGUACAAAGGCCAAGUGAUUGCUUGGGAUGUUGUAAAUGAAAAUUUGCACCACAAUUUCUUCGAGAGCAAGAUUGGUAAUACAGCUUCGUCGGUUUUCUAUAAUUUGGCUUCCAAAGCUGAUGGAACUACCACAUUGUUCUUAAAUGAGUACAGCACUAUAGAGGAACCAGGAGAUCAGUCAUCAGCACCAGCUAAAUACCUUGCAAAGCUUAGAGAGAUCAAAAGUUUUCCUGGCAAUGGGAAUAUUCGUUUGGGGAUUGGCCUUGAGUCCCAUUUUACUACUCCUCCUAAUCUUCCUUAUAUAAGAUCUUCCAUUGAUACUCUUGCUGCAACAGGAUUUCCCAUUUGGCUUACAGAAGUAGAUGUUAAAAGCAGUCCUAACCAGGCGACGUACUUGGAGCAGAUAUUAAGAGAGGGAAGAUCACAUCCAAAAGUGCAAGGAAUUGUAAUUUGGGCAGCAUGGAGUCCUCAAGGAUGCUACCAAAUGUGCUUGACCGAUAACAAUUUCAAGAAUUUGCCAACUGGUGAUGUUGUUGAUAAGCUAUUGCGUGAGUGGGGCUUGGAGGAAAUCAAUGGAAAAAUUGAUGGCCAUGGUUUCUAUAAGACCUCCCUUUUGCAUGGAGAUUACCAAGUUAAAGUCUCUCACCCAACACUCAACAAUUCAUUCUUGUCUCAGAGCUUGAGUGUGGCAUCACAGGUUGAUGAUGAAUCCCACCACACAACACUUUUGUUUCAAGUUUCUGCUUAAGAAAUUAUUGUUUGCAGAGAAAUAAUAAAAAAAAAAAAAAAA